CCGCCCUCAGCACUUCCUCCACAUCGCACGUCUUCGUCAUGGCUGUGACCAAUCAACCGGGCAGAUACCCUCCCUCCGACUUCCAGACCGGGCUGUGCGACUUCUGUGACGAUUGUGGAACAUGCUGCUACGGCCUGUGGUGCUUCCCGUGCCUGAGCUGCACCGUUGCCAGCGACAUGGACGAGUGCUGCCUGUGCGGCCUGAGCAUGGCCAUCCGCAGCGUCUACCGGACCCGAUACAACAUCAACGGUUCCCUGUGUAGCGAUUUCAUGGCCAACUCGUGUUGCCUGGUGUGCACCACCUGCCAGCUGAAACGGGACAUCGACCGGCGAAAGGAACAAGGCAUUUUCUGAACCCUCCUGACGCCGGUUUUAUCGUCUCUGACAAGCGAUGGAUAUUGAUUCAUCAUCUUUACAAUUGAUAAUAUUGAUGGUGGUACAAUAAAGGAGGUAAAUGGUGGCUGUACUGUAGUUUUUUUGGGUGUGGAGAUAUUUUUUUUGUUUUGUUUAUCAAAGCAUGACAUCAAACGGAUUGUUCCAUUUUACAUUGACGUAAAUCAGGGGUGUCAAACCCAUUUUUCUCGCGGGACACAUUGUUGUUCCGGUUCCCCUCAGACUGUGAAACAAAAAUAUUUACUCAUCUCAUGAUAUUUACAUUUUGGUACGGAUUUUACAAGAAUGGUGGAAAUUGACACUCUAGAUUUGGCUUCGCGGGCCACAUCAGAUCAUGUGGCGAGCCAGAUUUGGCCCCCAGGUCUCGAAUUUGACACCUGUGGCGUAAACCAUCAGUAUAUAGCCGGGGUGUCAAACUCAUUUUUCUCGCGGGACACAUUGUUGUUCCGGUUCCCCUCAGACUGCGUAACAAAAAUAUUUACUCAUCUCAUCAUAUUUACAUCGUCAAUUUAUGAACUUGUUUCGGAAUCAGAAAUGAACGGUAAUCUGUGUUUCAACUAUUUUACGUUUGGUUACACCAAAAUGUUUGUAAUAUCUCGAUUUUAUCAUUUAUGACAUAGGACAAUUUGAAAUUUUGGUAUAGAUUUUUACAUGCAUGCAUGGAAAUUGACACUCUAGAUUUGGCUUCACGGGCCACAUAAAAUCACGUGGCGGGCCAGAUUUGGCCCCUGGGCCUCAAGUUUGACACCAGUGGUUUAUAGGUUCAAAGGGUAGAAAUCGAAGGUAGCCAGAUUACAGCUUCUUUAACCUGGCCCAUUCAGCAUUUAUAAUAUGAUUAUUGUAAGAGUUAUUGCAUUAAAUUGGCUACCCCAUUCCCCAAAAAUGGUUCAUUACAUUGUAUUUACUUUUUUAUUCAUUUGUCUCAUUCAAUUAUUUCUUCAUUAGUUUGUCAGCGUUUUACAUGACUAAAUAACCGGUUGAUAAUUACAUUCUUGUUAAUUUAAUAAAAAGGUCUUGAAUUUUGUAAAAAAAAAAAAUACACGUAAAUUUGGUUAAUAGAAUAAUUUUAAGUCCUUAAAAAAAAAAUAAACGUUGCUGAUUAAAGACUAAAUUGUGUUUAAAUGUUUACAAAUACAUGUAUCGUAAAGACAAAAACAAGGAUUCCAAAUUAUCUCUGCCUUGAUAAAAGUAUUUGGCACCUUCUUAAAUUUUUAAUUCACAUAAUUAAAAUCCUGUCUAAUUUAAAAAAAUUUAAAAAAAUUGUUUUUUUUUUUGCUUUCCCCCCCCAUCGUGUAAAGCUUUUUUGGGGGGUGAAAUUUUCGUGACUACCGUAAUUCCCGGCCUACAGAGCGCACCUGGUUAUAAGCCUCACCCAGUAGGUUUGUAAAGGAAAUACCAUUUGGUACACACGUACACCGCAGCCGUGUAAAAGCCGCAAGUGCCCAUAUUGAAACACGAGAUAUUUACAAAGAAAUACGGUACACAGAGUUUAACGCUAACGCUAGCGCUGUGCUAACGCUAGUGCCACGUUAACACUAACGCUCGCGCUGCGCUAAGAGGGCCGGUUAAAAAAAAACAUACUGGCAAAAAUUACUGAGACAUGGCAGUAACACGCCAGCACAGCGAUAACAGGACCCGACCGGUAAAAGUCACUUCCUCGGCACAUACAUUCCACCGAUGUCACUUUUACCUUUUCCGCUCGAGUGCCCCCUUGUGACUGUUAGGAAAAAUGCCCAAAUUAGCCGCAUCACCGCAUAAACCGCAGGGUUGAAAGCGUGUGAAAAAAGUUGCGGGCCCGAAAUGACGGUGUAUAUAGCGGGUGAUUAUUGCAUGUGGCGAAAGCAGUUUUUCAGUCGUGUGUUGAAAAAGAGCAGAUUGAGCCGCUAGCCGUGCGCAUGUUUAAUUGUGUUCCAUUUCAACACUACCCUCACGUUGGCCGUCUGACACGUAGCCCCAAAAAAA